GCUCCGACGGUAAAGCUGCGCGGCGCAAAGGCUCCGACGGUAAAGCUGCGCGGCGCAAAGGCUCCGACGGUAAAGCUGCGCGGCGCAAAGGCUCCGACAGUCACCCACCUGCUGUGUUGAUGUGUUUGAGGUCCUUGAUGAUAAUCAUGCACCACGCUGACUGUGAUGACAAAACCAACCACAUUUAUCUGAGACCUCCACACUUCACAUUCUGGAGUCAGAGUUUCGUAAACGUAGUUUAAUGGAUCGGGUCGGGGGUUUCAGCCCCAGGCUCCUCCUCCUACACACCGCCUGGUUUCCAUGACUACCCCGUUGAUGAUGAUGACGAUGUUACAGGUGUGUCUGGCGGCGGUGGGUCUGGUGUGCGACCUGUGCAGAGCUCUGAUGUCCAACAUCCUGCCAUUCUGUGACGAGAUCAUGCAGCUGCUGCUGGAGAACCUCGGGAACGAGAACGUCCAUCGGUCCGUGAAGCCUCAGAUCUUGUCUGCGUUCGGAGACAUCGCUCUGGCCAUCGGAGGAGAGUUCAAGAAGUACCUGGACAUCGUCCUGGACACGCUGCAGCAGGCCUCCCAGGCUCAGGUGGAGAAGACGGACUACGACAUGGUGGACUACCUGAACGAGCUGAGGGAGGGCUGUCUGGAGGCCUACACCGGGAUCAUCCAGGGCCUGAAGGGGGACCAGGAGAACGUGCACCCUGACGUGAUGCUGGUUCAGCCUCGGGUGGAGUUCAUCCUCUCCUUCAUCCAUCACAUAGCGGAGGAUGAAGAUCACUCUGAUGGAGUCGUGGCCAACGCUGCUGGACUCAUCGGAGACCUGUGCACUGCGUUCGGUAAAGACGUGAUGAAGAUGGUGGAGGUUCGUCCGCUCAUCAAUGACCUGCUGACGGAGGGUCGACGCUCCAAAACCACCAAGACAAAGACCCUGGCUACCUGGGCCACCAAGGAGCUCCGCAAGCUCAAGAGCCAGGCCUGAUCGUCUGGUCGGGUAGACGGAGCUUUGAGAGACAUCAGAGGUGGACGAGGACAAACUUCUGCUGGAUUUAACUCUUCUGUCUUCGGUCCGGUCGAAGCAGAAGUCGAGUGACGUGAGACGAGUGAGAGAGAGAGAGAGACGUGUGAGCGAGAGACGAUGACAUCACACCCCUUCAGUCCCCCCCCUCCUAGACGGCCUGUGGACUCUGGCCCCCCCCCCACACUCCCCCAGAAAUCCAAACAAACUCAAGCUUCGAGCCCUCCUCCCACAAUCCACCUCUCUCGCUGUAGUCGGGCUCUCCUGACAUCACGAUGACGUCACUGCUCCGCCGCUGCCCCCACCCCCCCCCCC